AUGGUCUCGCGUCAACGCUCUGCGAGCGUGCUUUCCCAGAACAACCCUUCGAUCGCAAGCACGCCCUCACCCGGGGGAAUGAACAUGAGCAGUGCAACUCCUGGUAGUGGCAUGAACACCCCAGGGACAGUACACUAUCUGCACGACCCCGAGCAGCUGAGCGAGAUCCCAAAUUUUACGGGUAACUUCUUACCUAUCCCGACGUCGGGUUCAGGUGCGGGAUACAAUACGAUGAUGACCCGCCCAAGAGCUCAUACAAGUGCUGCCUCAUCGCCUGCGGAUAUUGGUGGUGGAAUGUUUGCCGGAAUCCAGCCCAGACAACCUUCUCGAAAUUCAAUGUUACCGGGCCAGCCCGGUAUGGGAUUGCGACAUGUUUCGACACCAGUGUUGGAUAAUCGUAAUGGGCCAGGUGGAAUGGUAGGCGUAGGGCCAGGAGGUGGAGUCCCUGGAAGCAUAGGUGGAGUUGGAAAUAAUAAUGGCGGGUUUUCAAUUGGGAAUUCCCCAAUGCAAAACGGAAUCGGAAUUCCUCCUCCACCCCCUCCUCCGCCCCCGCCCCCGCCCCCGCCCCCCCCACCACCUCAAAAGGAUCCUGGGUACCACCCCCAUUAUGCUACCGUGGGGAGAGGAAGGGACAGCAUGAUGAACUUUUAUGCGCAACAACAGCAUUUGCAGCAACAACAGCAGCAAAAUCUACUGCAUCAACAACAGCAGCAACAGCAGCAACAGAGACUCCAACCCCAAUACGGGGCUUACAAUCCUCAUCAACACCCACCACUGUCCUCUUCGGUCCCAAAAGCUCAGUUAACCCCUAUGUCUGUGCCUCUCCAUAACGGGGUCAGUGCUGGUACCACAUCCGCCGUCAACGGCAACGGCAUCACUGUGCAACAGCAGCAGUACACCCCACAUUCACAUCUCCAUCACCCUCCCCAUCAUCCCCAACGCCCUCCCCCUGAAGUGCCUCCUAUGUACCGCCAGCCAUCAGCCCAGUCCUCAGAGAGCCUCACUUCUUUUGUGCGCCUUGAAUCGUCCGAGGCAGAUUAUAUGUCUGCACCUCUCCACCCCAACGGCUCAUCUGUAUCUCUUGUGCAACAACAGUCAGGCAAUCGUAGUGUUAGUGCUAGUCAGAUUCCCGUGGGGGGUAUUACCCGGUCAUCUCAUGUAUCCCAUUCUCAACAGUCUCCUCUUGUAGCAUCGAACUCGUCUGGUCCCCUCUCGUCAGAAUCAGAAGCUGCAAUCUGGACACUGGAUAGGGUCAUCAACUAUCUCGACCGUCACGAAUUCUCGAAGGAAUGGCAACAGGCUUUCCGUAAUCUCAAUAUCCACGGCCAAGAGUUUCUGGAUAUGGGCCAUCAUAGUUCCACAAGCCUUCUAGAACGCGUGCAACCAGAAGUGCUGAGAAUUUGUGGCCAACACGCCGAACCGGCAAAAGAAAGGCAGGCGGCAAAGAACAUCAAAAAGAUGGUGCGCGAGAUGUUGAAAUUGACCAAAGUUGUCCCAAACACCCCGCCGUCCUCCUCAGGACAGAUCAGUCCUCAGAAUCGGAACGACUCCUUCUCCUCAGCCGAGAGGGGCGAGUCGCCAAGUAAGCAACCACACCUGAAAUCUCCAGUCCAGACGCGGUUCAAUCCCAAUAGCAGAUCGACAACCUUACCCGUUAUGCAUCCGGAUGGGAGCUACUCGUCCUCGACUGAGCAACCGCCGUACACUAGAGGCAGUAGCGACAGCAGGAUAGAGCAGCUACAUCGUCCGAAUGGGUCAGACUCUGGCCCGAAGAGUAGAGCUCUCAAUAAUGUUGUCGACCAGGUGGGUCGACAUAGUCCGUCUAAUUCGGAGACAAGCAUUCGUGAACCCCAGGAAAGUUGGGGAUAUAACAAUUUCACUGGAAAACAGCCAAUCUCAAAUUCGCCUCGUAACUCACCUAGUUUAGGUUACCAGACUAUUCCUACCCAUAGACACGAGAAGAGCAACUCGACGGAGUCAAUUGCGUCAAGUAUAAAUAAUAAUAUGAUGAAUAGAGCAGGCGAUGGAAAGGGAACAACCAAAGCACUUCAAGUUCUAGGAGUACACCCCAAGCCGGUUGAGAGACUAGGGGCGAGGAAGGAAUCGAAAGAUGAUGAGAGUAUGGACGAUGUUGAUUCGCCAACUUCACCAGGUUGGAGAUCGGCUGGUGUUCCUUUUUCAAUCGCGGAACAUAAUGCCAGUGAUUCUUCGCUCGAUCGUCAUUCAAUUUCAUCGGUUGAUGUCAAUCUACGAGGGAGGCAAAAGGUUUCUAGGGCAGCAACUGCGGCGAAUGGCGUUACUGGAGCUGCAAAUCAAAGAAAGUUUGUAUUUGCAACGAAAGAUGGAAGGAUCUGGGUUUUGGUUGAAGUUACAAAACUGGAUACAGUGGAAUCUCUACGGAAAAUGGUUUGCGCGGAGUUGGGGAUUGGCGAGUGGGAUAUUGCAUCAAUUCAUCAGACGGAAGUCGGUCAAGGAGCAAAUGAAGAACCUGCUCUUACGGACGAUCAGUUAAUACAAUCUUACAGGACAAAGGCAGAUAGCGUUGCGAGUUUGAGAUUUUUCGUUUGCCCUGCAGUGCAGUCUUACGAUGCCACAGCUGCGGCGAAUGCCACUAGUCAACUGAAUUCUCCAGCUCAGUUAGGUUUCUUCAACAGCGAGCAACAGCGAGGCUUGAAGCCGCACCCAUUGCAAGUUGAGCGCGCAAAGAGCCUGUUAAAUUCAGAAGCCUCAACAUUAAAACAAGGUGACUUUAAUUCUCCACUUAGAUCUCUUGAAGAAUUUCAUGAAGGCAUAAAGACUUCUCCGCCAGUGGACGGAUUUGAUGAACUACGGGAGAGAUUGGCACUUCUGAAAAAAUACCAAGAACAGGGAAUUUCUGGGAGCCCACAAAUCAAUGUCAUUAAUACCCCUAGUUCGCCGCAUGCUCCACGGGCACCCCAUCCAUCUAUUCAUCCUUCACCUUGCGAUCCCCUUCCUGGCCCUGCAUCCGCAUAUCCAGGAGGCGAUUGGCAAGGCGGUUUCGCGUUGAAGACAGCGGAUCAGAGAAACGGAAGUACUAAUUCUCCCAUAGAUGGUGGCCCCUCAGCGGCACGUCAGGACGAACUCUUCUUUCCCCAGGGCUCAGCACAGGGUGGAUCUUUCAAUUCUUUCCCUAACGGCCCUCACAAGGGUUCUGCGGGUACUUCACAAUUGGAGGCCGCAGCCCAAAGUCACAGAAAUAAGCUGGAUAAACAACAUCAACAUCGUGAGCCGGUACAGCAUAAAGGAUUUGAACGGGAGAAGAAUCCUGGUUUCGUUAAGGUUCAGACUGCACCUUAUGCAGGUAGGGGAGUGGUUGAUUUUGAUAACCCAAGAUCAUCGCCGUACGAAGAUAAGCAGUUUGAGCCAUUGAUCCCACAGAGGAGACCGCCGCCGCCGCCGCCAGGCGCGUCCGCUCGUAAUUCAGUAGUUUCUCUAACUAGACGCGACUCGACGAAGAGCAACGCUAGUUGGAAUCAGGAUGAGCGUACUCACAUCGAGUACCCGCCCGUGCCAAGGAGGGUGAGCGUGCGACGACGGAAGGGGCAGGAAAUGUCAGAGGUCGGAACAAAGAGGAAGGCUGUCCCGCAGAUGCGACACCCUGACCUUGGAGUGCAGAGUGGGUUCCCAGCGAUCACUGGUAGUCCUGGAGGUGCUCUGGCUUCGCUACUUUCAGGGGGUUUGAUGGGGGCUGGCAUUACCAAAACACCGAUUCCUGGCGUUCCUAGGGAACUGACAAGGGACCCUGCGCCAUCUGCAUCUACAGUUUCACUACCCACAUAUUCUAAUCAACCAAACCAACAACAUCAUCAAACAGGAGUUAACGAGCCUUCAGGACCACAGCGUGCAAUUGCUACAGUCAAUUUUGGAGAGUCAAGCUCAAGCAGCCCUCGCUCAGGUGGGACCCCAAAUAGCCCUGGCUUUACAUGGGGUAAAGGAAACCAAUUGUUCAAUCAACCUGACCACGAACCAGAAGUAGGAGCUGGCCCUGGGAAGCUCACAUUACACAUUCCGGAUGUUGCACGGCAAGCAUCGCCUGAGAUCAGCUUCGGCAUUAGCGGGGACGCUCCCCCAGGUAUUCGAAAAUCAGUAUUUGGGACUGAUGGGGAAAUUCCUUUCAGAGAAAACGAGGUUCAUUUUGAUGGUGAUGGGUUUGAGGCUACGGGUGAACUAGAUGACGAUAAGGAUGACAGUGACGACGGGUUGUUUGCGAAACCUUUGAGGCAGACAAAGCAACCUAAAGUGGAAGCUCCGGAGGCUGAACCGAUUCCCGAGAGACAAUUGGAUUCUCCAAAACCCACUUUGACACUCUCGACCAAGAAUGUGACAUUCAAGCCAACGCCGAAUACUUCGGCGACAGUAAGCGGUAGUGCAACAACCGCGCAAUCACCCCCCACACCCGAGUUUGAAGAAGGUGAUGAUAAGCAGGGGCUCAAUUCGCCGGCUGGAUUCCAAAACCCAUGGUCGGCGCCUCAGUCGGCUGUUGCGCAAUCACCAGCAGACCUUAUGCGUAUUGGUCGUCAAGAUUCUUUCAACUCAAAAGACAAUUGGGCGUCGCGUCCCCCUCCAGAAGCGCUUAUUAACCAUCUUGACGAGUUUUUCCCAAAUCUUGAUCUUGAUCAGCCAAUCAUCGAUGAGGCUGCCACUACUUCACCACCCGCGUCCCCGGUUGUAGUUACAGAGAACGAACCGAAGACGUAUCAAUUAACAGAUACACCUGCAUCCUCAUCUGCAUUAAUAGAAGGCACAUCGUCUGAUUCUGUACCCGUUGCGUCAGAUGCUCCGGGAAUCAAGCGGGCAGUACCAUCAGUGGCACAACGGAGUCUUGGUCGCUCACAACUUGGCAGAAUGAAGUCAAUUCGUGAAGUUGCUAAGGGGGCACACGAGCAGCGGAAGCGAUAUACGAACCCAAAUAUUCAAGGCAUUAAAAACGGUGACAUUCUGCGUCGCAAGAGCACAAAAUUGUUUGGUGCAAAACUUAUUGAGGUUAAGCCCGGUGAAGGGAAGCGGGGAGCCAUGCAGCAGCAAUUACAGGUCCAACAACCUCAACAACAGAUGCAGCAGCCGCUUGGUGGAAUUAAGCGUCAAGCUACCUUUAGAUGGUUCAAGGGACAACUAAUCGGAAAGGGAACUUACGGGAGAGUGUACCUCGGAAUGAACGCAACUACGGGAGAGUUCUUGGCAGUGAAACAAGUUGAGGUGUCGAGACAUGUAUCCCCAGGUGAAUCUGAACGCCAGAAAGAAAUGAUCGCUGCGCUCAACCAGGAAAUCGACACCAUGCAGCACCUCGACCAUGUCAAUAUCGUCCAGUAUCUUGGGUGCGAGAGAAGGGAGCUGAACAUGAGCAUUUUCUUGGAGUAUAUCUCUGGUGGCAGUGUAGGAAGUUGCUUGAGGAAACAUGGACGCUUCGAAGAACCGGUGGUUCGAAGCUUGACAAGGCAGACACUGAGCGGCUUGGAGUACUUACAUCGUGAGGGGAUCUUGCACAGAGAUUUGAAGGCUGAUAAUAUUUUGCUUGACGUUGACGGCACUUGCAAGAUUUCAGAUUUUGGUAUUUCGAAGAAGAGUGAUAACAUUUAUGGUGAUGAUCCUGGUAACUCUAUGCAAGGAUCAGUCUUUUGGAUGGCGCCUGAGGUUAUCAGACCCGAGAAACAAGGCUACAGUGCCAAGAUUGAUAUCUGGUCGCUCGGGUGUGUGGUACUCGAAAUGUUUGCUGGCCGCAGACCAUGGAGUAAGGAGGAAGUUAUUGGUGCCAUCUACAAGCUUGGUAGCGAAAGACAGCCGCCGCCAAUUCCCGAGGAUGUCUCUGAAGUUGUUUCUCCAAGUGCUAUUGGAUUUUUGGCGGAUUGCCAUACUAUUGAACCAUCCGAGAGACCGACUGCUGCAACGCUGUUGAAUGAGCAUGAGUUCUGCUCGUUGGACCCGAACUUUAACUUCGAGAAAACAAGCCUUUACUUGAAGAUCAAUCCUACAUUUACUACAGAGUGA